AUGUUCAAGGUAACACGGAGCGAAGCAAAUAGGAAUUUAAUCUUACUUGCAUUGGUGCUUGUCCCCAUUGUUCUCCUGUUCGCUAUAUUUGCAACAGCUCUGGCGUGCUCAGAGUACUGGAGCCUAUAUCGGGAACGGCGACGUCUCCGGCGUGCUGGAAAUAACGGCUAUUCAAAAAGAAUUCAUUCAAACGCACCCUGGUUAUCGUCAUCAUCAGAGUCGUCAAACACGUCGAGAAAGACAUCCGAGUCCAGCGACGGUGACGCAGAUAUGUACAUGAAGCCGGUCCUGUUGAGGGAACACGUCUAA